AUGAAGUUACUCCUGGAAAUCCGCUUUCAGCUGACACCAAAGUUGUGGGCAGUGUAUCUUUCCUUUAUGGAAUUUGGAUCACAUGCACUGUCCAAAGAAGAGGCUUGGAUACCAGUUCUUGGCCAACGAUCGUCGCUUGUGAACGAUCUUCCGGGAGGUGCCAGCCAGAUGGCUUCGCUGGUGUUGAAGAGCAUCUUCUGCCAUGGGCAUUGCCACCCAGAGGUUGGCAUCCUCUUGAAGACAGCUGAUGACAGCUUGUGCCUCAACCUGAAGUUCAAGCUCGGCGCUUUUCUUCAAGACGGCCUGGCCCACAAGGUGUUGUUUUCAAUCAAGGGCGACAACGGAACAAGAUGCUGCCUGCUUUGCAAAAAUGUCAUCUCUAACAACAGCAUCGAGCUUGAAGAGGCCAGGCUGGUUUCUGGUAUCUACAAGGAAGCAGACUUGGUGCUGUCAACAGAUGAUGACUUUGCAGCUUCCGUGCUCAAGACGGUGCAGAAGAAGGACACUUUGUCCAGCAAGGACUUCCAGCUCUGGCAACAAGCAGUUGGCUUGAACUUCAAUCCUGCAGCCAUGAUCUUCGAUCCGGACCUCUGCAGGGUUGUCAAGCCGACAAGCCAAUGGCUUCAUGACUGGAUGCACACCUUCCUGGUGAAAGGGAUCUUCAACACGAUCAUGCACCUCAUGAUGCGAGAAGCCGAGGAAGCUUUGGGCCGAGACUUUUACAAGAUCGUCUUCGAUUAUGUGAAGGAGUGGCAGCUUCCCAAGAGCAGGUCCGAAAACCUCUCAGGUUUGUUUCUCCCGAAGAGGAAGAAGGCCAACGACGAAGCUGGGAGCUUCAAGUGUACUGCAUCCGAGGGGUUGUCUUUGUUCAGCAUCUUUACAUGCUUGUUGCUGCAAGUGGUUGCUCCCACCGGUGCCUGUGCCAAGGCCAUUGCUGUGAUGGUGGCAUUAGCAAAUGUGCUUGAGCUGCUUCAAGCAUGUGCUGUGCCAGGAAUCACGAGCCCAGAAAGGCUAGCUGCAGCCAUAGAGGCUUUCCUACAAGCCAGCAUUGCAGCAGGAUGGCAUGAUGCUUGGCACCCAAAAUUUCAUUGGGUGGUACACUUACCUGCCCAGUUGCGGAAAUGGGGCAUUUUGCCUGCAUGCUGGGUCCAGGAACGGAAGCACAAACUGGCAAAGAGGUUUGGCAACUUGCAACAAAACACGACUAAUUAUGAAAGGUCCAUUCUUUUGCAACUGCUAGGCCAGACACUGGCUGACAUGCAGCAGGAAGAGCUUUUCGACACAUCUUGCAAGCUGGAACGACAAGGAAGAGCACCAGCCAAAAUGGUAUCUUUCCUGCGGGAAUAUAUGCCCGGUAGCCAAGACAUCCACAGUUGUGCAGUUGCGGCAUUGGAGCCAGCUGGUUUUGCACAUAAGGGUGAUCUUGUGCUGAUGAGAGCUUCCCACCAAGUUGCAGAAGUGUAUUUCCAUGCUGACCUUGAUGGAGUUGUAUAUUCUUUGGUUUCACAUUUCAAUCUGUUGAAAGAUGAUUUGGCCCAUGGCUCGCUCAUAGUCCAGAGGACUGAAGCCCCGAUGCUGGUAGAAACCAGCAUGAUUGCUUGCCCUUUGCAGUACACUGCUCUUGCAGAAGACAAGAUUCGAGUUCUGAUUCCUUUGGCCCACAGAAAGGCUUGA